AUGUACGAGUUUUCCUAUUCCAAAUACCUUGAGGAGGUGGUGAAGAUCCUUGAAAGCGAACCAAAGUUCUCAGAAAGACUUCGUGGAAUGGCUGAGGAAGAUAUUAAGGCUGGCAAGAUCGCUGAUCACAUAGACGACCUCGAUAGCCAUGUGUUUGACAAGCUGACGAAAGCAAAGCUUGAUGAAAUUGAGCGCUUAAGAGCGCAGAUUCAAAAGCAGAUUGAGGCUGAUGGUGGCGCUCACAACGUGAAGGUCCCUGAGCAUUUGGAUGCGAGCAACUGGGAAAGAUUUAAUAAAGAAGAUUUGCGGAAACUUAUUCGUCGGACUGUGGAGGACAUGGAAAUUAUCGAUCGUAACCGACAGAAGGAUUUCAAGGAGUAUGAAAUGCGAAAGAAAGCGGAGGAGGAUCUCAAACUGGCACAAAUGACUGAAGAGGAACGGAAGAAAGCAAUACAUGAUGCUGAAGAGGCAAAAAAACGUCAUAAUGAACACGAGAAGUUGAAGCAUCCCGGAAGCCGAGACCAACUGCAAGAAGUGUGGGAGGAUACUGAUAAGAUGGAUAAAGACAACUUCGACCCUCGAACGUUUUUCGCUCUUCACGAUCUUAAUGGUGAUGGGUACUGGAACGCUGAUGAACUGGAGGCUCUUUUCGAAAAAGAAAUCGAGAAAGUAUAUAACGCAACUGAUCCUGAUGAUGAUCCAAGGGAACGCUUAGAAGAAAUGCAUCGAAUGCGUGAACACGUAACCAAGCAAAUGGAUAAGAAUGGCGAUCGCCUCAUCUCCAUGGAGGAGUUUCUUCAGGAUACGGAAGCACAAACGCCCAACAAAGACCCUGGUUGGAAGGAUCUGGGAGAUCAACAGGUGUACACCGAUGAAGAACUUCAAGAAUUUGAGAGGGAGUAUGCUAAGCAACAGGGUCAUUGA